UCAUGCAACGCUUUUAGGCCUACUACUGAUGCAUCCUAUCUUAGUUCAUCAGCUUACCUUAGAAGCCUUUGGGGGAUUUUUCUUCGUGACAUAUUUGAUCUUAAAACUUUGGGCAUAUAAGAGAGUAUGGCACUUCCUUCAAGUAUCUUCGUGCAUGCAUAUACUCACCGAGGCAUCCAGCGUUAGUAUGGUUUUUGGGUUAUAUCUGCUCCAAUUAGUUUGUGGCAAGGAUAAAUUUUAAUAUCAUCUCUUUGCUAAACCAAUCAGAUCAUCGAGAUUGAUAAUCGUUUAAAAAAUUUGUAGUUUUUAUGAGUUUCUAACUUUUUUGCAUGUGGACACACCUUAAUUUUUAAGCAUAUAAAGUUUUUUUAUUAGUCGUUCGGCAUUUUUUGAAGUACAUAUUUUGUAUAAACAAUCGAAACUAAAUGGAUGUAAAUUAUCCUUCGUCAUUACACGCAUCAAAAUCGGUUUUGACCAAUAAAUGUGAAAAUACAAAAACGACGCUCUAGGGCAAGAUCGGAAGCCUCGUUCUCGUGUCGUGGCUUUAUUCUACGUUUAUUGUUUAUAAAAAAAAAUGUUGGAAACACGGUUUCAUUAAUGCCUCUUUAGACUACACGUUGAGUUGUACGCUAUUAUCAUUCUGACGAAUGCAAAAGAGGGCCUAUGCUAGUAACGCUGCAGUCUUUAUUCAUAUUGUUCAAGGCGGAAUUUGAAAUGUCGCGUUUGUACGUGUGUUCACACGUUCACAUACGCCAGGGUAGGGGCUGUUUUUCACUUCAACCGUACCGUAGAGAGACGUAGCGUAAUAUCAUUCUUUCCUGGGCACUCCGAUGGAACUAAUGACUUUGAAAAAAAAGGAAUAAGCUACGGUUCCCCACGUUAAACGGUCGAAGUGAUAAAUCAGUAGCACCCUCGAUAAUCCUCAUAGAUGAAGUACAUGGGUGUGUAAAGAAAAUGCAAGUGAUGCAAGUAAGCACGGUAAUAUAAACAAAAUGUUUUAACAUUGUUUUAGGAUUUGCAUAGUUACUGACAUUCGAGCCAAAAUUUUAUUUGGAGAGCAAACCGAGCAUGAAAUCAUUAAUAGCAUGUGGUCGGCUGUUUCUUGCGAGUUAUUUUGAUGAAUAACGUCGAAGUAUUGGAGUCUUCAAUGACAUGUGAGCGCAUGAGAAACCUCAUGUUUAUAUGAUACUUGGGAAAUCCAACUGUCACUGCUGUGCUGUUGUCUUUUGGCAAUCGAAGCUCAUUGCAUGUUUUAUAAGAGACAUAGAAGAUGGGGCAAGAUAGUAGCAAGCUGUCGUCAAAACGUCGUGUUGAACACGGAGAGAAAACGAAAUUGUUAAGUAAAGACCAUCAUGCUGCUGCUAUGAAACUGAGUACUUCUGAAGUAAACACUUUGAAGCAGCUUUAUCACAGACUUGCAGCUCUAUCUCCUGAGGAUGAAUACAUUAACAAACAAACAUUUUUGAACUACUUUCCUCUUGAGGGAAUAUUAGCUGAGAGGUUGUUUGCUACAUUUGAUAAAGACAAGAAUAAUGUGAUUGAUUUAGAAGAAUUUCUUGGUGGUCUCGCUUUGUGUCUCGCCGGAACAGUGGAUGAAAAAUUUCAACUUGUUUUCGACUUGUAUAACAUUGAUGAUGGUGAUGGUAUUUCCGAGGAAGAAUUGGCCAUAGUUUUGAAGUCAACAUUAAUCGCUGCAAGAGCAGUGAAUAAAACAUACUGUGGUGACAAAACUGCAAUUGUAGGGCCAAUCAAGAAUAGCACCCUAGACGAAGAGGUAGUCAAGGAAUUGUUUGAUGUUGAUGAGCAUGUUAAGAAAGUCGUUCAUGAUGCGUUUGAGCAAUGUGAUACAAGUCAGACUGGAAAACUCUCUCCGGAAGAAUUCAGAAACUGGGCAGAACAACAUUCAUACAUUUUGGACAUCAUAUUUGGUCACAAAAGUUUUACCGAUAAACAAAAGAUUUCGCUGAAUAUUACAGCUGCAGCCAUUAAAGCCGCAGAAAUAAAUUCUGUCAGAUGUCAAAGCCAAACAUGGAUUGAUUCUCCAAAUACCCUGGAAAACCAGAUAGAUAACCAUCGUGGAUAUUCCAAAGCGACGUAUUUGUGGAGUCCAGUAUUCCCAGUGAUGUUAAAGGCUCCUAAAGCUCGCAGUGAACACACAGCAUGUGUUUAUCAGGGUUCGCUUUACGUUCUGGGAGGAAGAGGCGCCUGCUCUGCCUUUAAAGAUUUCUGGAAAUAUGACUUAGCGCUGAAUAACUGGUCUGAAUUGCCAAACGUUGAUCAAAGACCAUCACAUAUUUUUGGACACACUGCUGUUUUAUACAAGGGAAGUAUGUAUAUUUAUGGAGGGGAAUUUGAAUCGUGUGAAACGUUCGUGUGGAAGUACACAUUUGACAACAAUAAUUGGGAGAAAAUGAGUUUUUCUGUCUUACCUAAUAACAAGGCACCAAUGAACAGACGCUACCAUUCUGCCGUUGUUUAUCAAAAGAAGAUGUUCGUUUUUGGCGGAUUGAUCGAAAUUCGAGGUUCGACUGAUGAGCUCUGGACUUUUGACUUAGAGGAGCAUACGUGGGAGCGGUUAAGUCAGAGCAAUGCAGCUCUUCCUGGUAAAAGAUAUGAACAUUCUGCUGUUGUUUACAACAGAGCAAUGUGGAUCGCCGGUGGACUGGAAGUUUUUGUACCUAGAAAUGACGUCUGGAAAUGGGAAUUCGAGAAAAGUACUUGGUGUAAAAUUAAGAGCAGAGGUGGACCAUUUCCAAUCCGCGGGCAUCGUGCUGUUAGAUGUGGAAAUGGUAUGCUGGUGUACGGUGGCAGUACGAAUGGAGAGCAUCAAAAUAAAGUAUGGAGACUGGAAUUUGAAUCAUUGUCAUGGAACCUUGUCACUCCGCACGGUGGGGUAUCUCCUCCGGCGCGCUCUUCUGCGGCUCUCGUCAUACUCUCGGCCUUUUCCUUGCCCUUAUUACCACCGCAGAUGGUAAACACUGCAGACAUUUCCACGACGAAGAGUAGGGCAAAAACCUCGAUACCUGUCGAAGAAGAACGACCGCAUACCUCGCCUGGCGCGAACGGCAAUCAAAAGAUAACACCAUCAAGCGAAAGAAGAGCUCGUCAUUGUUCCGUUUCAACGGACUCUGUUUACCGACCGUCAUCUUUGACCCCCACUGACAAACGUUGCUCCGCCGGGAGUCUGGAUAAUCUUGAAAAAAAUUUUGUUGCCUUCACUAAUGCGUGUUACAGCAGUAGUAGCGAAUGGCAGGUUGAUAAGAAUAAUAUUUAUCCGCUGCAUAGAACUUUUCAUAACAGAUCCCACUCGUUAGAACGACACGAAGAAGAAGGUCCGCAGAACGAAGGGACCGCAGGAGCAAACGAACACAAACUCAACAAAAAUAUGAAUUACGGGGAUGACACCUGCACUAGGGCAAGUCAAAAUAUCGAGGUUUCUCACCCGAAAGAAGGGUUGUGUAUCUUCGUUAUCGGCGGCAAAUAUUGCGGGAGUCAUGACUGUUUCGCCAAAGGUGUUGAUAUUUGGAGAUGUGACGUUACAAAACGUUGGAAACGAAAAACAAAAAUACGAAAAAUCAAGGUAGAAACAGCUGACACUGCUAGUAUAAUUCCUUCUGUGGUGACACAACAGACUGAUGCAUCUUUUGCAACUUUUAACGAACAAAGCAGCAGCAGAAUUGUCAAUCCAUCCAGACUCGGGGAUGUGAGGGUCUCUCCCAUCAACAGUUCGAGAAAACUAUUUUCUUCAGCAUGUCGACAGGAUGUUCUCAGGAUGUCUGACAGGCAGGUUAAAGUGGAAGAUCGUACAGAGGGAGAAAAUGUUGAAAGUUACUAUGGAGAUCUUGUUGUAACUGACUUAGGAAGCUUAAAUGAGCCUGUUGUUAAUGAUUAGCGGAAACAAGCCAUAACUAACUUGACUACCAACGAGAGGACUUGAAGUCAACGACAGAAUGAUAAUUUGAUGUCCGCUACGAAAGGGAAUCAAGAUUAUCAUUCAAAUGAUCAUCUCUUUGCACAUUGUACUUUUGUUCCAUGCAUAAGUGCAUGUAUUUUAUUACAGCUGUUAUAUAGUGAUUUAAUUUGUUUUAUAAAAAUGACAACAUUCACAGCAAUGUCUGGAAUUAUUUUAUUAAUUUUUAUGUUUAUCCUAGUAUUUGUAUAGGCUGGGGAACCGACCGUGUAAGGAGGCACCAAUAACAGAACGGCUCCCUACGUGAAAGAAUGCAAGCGAAACUCAAACUUAUUUUCAGUCCUAUCAAUUUAUAAUCGUAGCAAUAUAGUCUAAUUAGGUGAAUAUUGAGACUUUAAUGUUGGGGGAAAGUCAUAUAAUAUUAUCUAGAUAUCACACUGAACUGAGCUCUGCUAUAUACGCCCAUGACUUAUACGCAUGAGUUGAAACUUUCACACUAUAGUGACUAUACUCAGCUACGUAUUCUGAAUUUUGGGGUUGGUUGAGGAGAGGAGAUAAUCUUUUCAUCAUUUUUGCUUCAUAUUUCGUUGAUGAAGAAACAUCACGUUUAGAAGUGCACAAGUGUCCACAAUGAUUUGUGGACACGAAUAACAAUUAGCUCAGGUAUUGUGAGAUAGAUAAUGGUAAUUGAACGAAUAGGAGUGCAACCACUCGUUCUAUUCCUUACUAAUUAUACAACUUCUUUAAUCAAAAAGAGAUAAAAAUACAAUACUUGGUAAAUAGUACAACUUGGAAUGAUUAAAAUUUAUUUGUUAUUCA